GUGGACGAUUGUAUCGUGGGGGUUCUGGCCUCACUCUCUUCCACUAGUGUGCAGUCGGUACUAGCAAUGGGUUGCAUACAGCGGGUUUUCAGGACUACAGCACCGAGCUGGUUCAUUCUAUGCUUACCUCAACAGUAGCUAAGAGCGGAAACGGCAGAAUCGCCUUCUAUGGUCCGGGGAAUGUCGCUAUCGAUGAGCAUAAUCUUCCUGCCGAUGGCGGACUCGGAAGCAUCGCCCAUUCGCUCAAGGAAAUGGGCAACUUAGCCCAAAUCGUUGCUUACGAAACAGGCUUCGCAGCCUUGAAUGCCAAAGGGGAAGUUUAUACCUGGGGCGACUCACGGUAUCCAGCGUGUUUAGGUAGAGAUACGGACGAGACCAGCCCACCAUCUACACCGGGCCUCGUGGCAGACCUCGUGGGACUACCAACAGGGAAGAUCACAAAAAUCGCCGCCGGUGGCUACCUCCUUAUGGCAGUGACGGAAGCCCAUGAUUUGUACGCGUGGGGCGGUCAUCCAGGCCAACCUGCUUUGAUCGAGGGCUUGUCACAUAACCCGUCGCCUGUGGUUGUUGAAGAGAAUGAUGUGGUGGAUAUGGCAGUUGGUGCACAUCACGCUAUCAUAUUGACCGAAGGCCGGGAGCUUUUUGUUAUUGGCGAGAAUGCAAAUGGACAGCUUGGACUUCCAAAAGAGAAGAAGACAGUGUCUUGGACGAAGGUGCCGUUCCCUUUAGAGCCUGGCAGUUCCAUACAUAGCGUUGCCUGCGGUCCGCGGAACACGUUCGUCAUCGUCCGCAAAGAAUAGUGCGCACAAAUACCAACGCAGCGUGAAAACUCUUCGCCUUCUGAACCGUCUAUGCUGUUCUAUG